GCCGCCGCUGCCGCCGCCGCGCUGCGGCAACGUUGUGCGCGUCCUUGCGACAGUACGAGGUCGACGCGCUCGCGUAUCACGGAAACUGUAGCGAUCGUAGGAUGAACGAGGGAACGGAGCGAGAGAGGGACGGAGAUAUGUAGCGGGACGAGUGGAGUGCGAGAAGGAAGUCGCGGAGAGAAGGAGAGAACCGCCGUUAAAACCGUAACGAGACGAAAACGCGUCGCGCCAAAUGCCGGGUAACGGAUAAAAAAGGAGAGGAAAAAAAGCACAAGAAGGACAUAGAGAAGGAAAAAAGAAAGAGACGGUUGGUAGUGGCCGGUGGCGGUGGGGCGCAGGGCACGCUCUCUCGCGGUGGCUGCGCCAAGCGUCAGUGUCAAUAUGGCCGUUGGUGCGAGCACAUUACGUGCAGAGACGCGGACGCGAUAGUAGUCUUGGUUCGAUCCCCCUAACAUGAAGUAUACUGUGACCAGGAGGGACGCUUUUACGUAAUAUCCGGAUAGUAACGGACAUACCCGGCACGUACCCGUAAAAUGAACCGCACCGCGCCGGAGGCGGCGGUGGUGGUGGUGGCCUCCGUGAGCGGCGAACGGAUCGAAACGGUGCAAGAUAUCAGAAACGCGAUGUUUAACGAAGGAGGGUCUAAUCUAAGCAACAGUGACGACGCGAAAUCAACAAUUCUAGAAUUAUUUCCAUGGAUCUCAGAAUUUAAGAAGAUGUGCAAAUGUAUAUACGUAGACAAAACUAUGGCUUCUUUGGCAGAGCUUAUGCAGUACUAUAUCAGAAAUGUAAGUGUCAGUGUAAGUGAUUGUUAUACAAAGCCUUUAAGGGCAGCAAAGUUGAAGGAUUCAAUUAGUGAAACCUUACCUUUGUUCUUAUAUAUCUAUCGUGAGCUUUCUGAGAACUGUAAUAGAUCUAUUUAUUUAAAUAAUAUGUCCGACUUAUUGGCAAUGUAUAUAGACAUGGAAUUAAAAGCAUCAAAAAGAAGUAAAGAAGAUCAUAGUACAAUUUGUACGAGACUUACCUCUUAUCUUUAUGUAUAUCUAGAACAUUCCACGGAGCAUUUGUUAGAUACUUUGAUAAAAAUGCAAUUGAUGUGCCGAGGGUAUUACCGCAUUUUAGAUCCGAUAAUAACAAAAAUAAUUAACAAUAUUCCAGCGCAUCCCGAUUCAAAUGUUAUGUACGUUCGUUACCUUCUUAUUUAUUGUCUUUGGAGAAAGGUAAAUAGCGAUAUGGCAGUGAAAAGUCAAAUUACUACUACCGCAAUUGCCUCUCUGGGAGCACCACCAGCUGCUUUCCCACCGUGUGUGUUAGGAGAUGUAUUACCGAAAGUGCCAAAGUGUCAACCAAAUUCAGCGAAAUACCUGAUGCAGCAGAAAUUCGACAUAAGAAAAUGUUGCGAAUUAUUCAUACAGUUCUGUAGGGAAAGCAGAGGAGGUACAUGGCCGGAAAAAAGUGAAAAUGCAAUCGUUAUUCCAAGCUCGUCCAAGAAAACUACUUCACAUCUGCUGGGAGUAAUAUCACGCGAAAAUAAAACCGCGAAUUGUACCGAAAAUAAUUUUAGUCUCGCUCCUUCCGGUAAAGAUACGCAAAAUAAUUCGGUUUCGUCAGACGUGGCGGAACAAACCAGUGUUAAGCCUUUGGGCACAAUUUCUACAAAUAUUUCGCGCACUAUAUCGAAACCGAUCAAACCAAAACUGCUUUCUCGUAAAAAGGCUAAAAAGUCCAAUAAAAUAGUAGUAAUUGACCUUACAACUGACAUUGUUCUCGAAAAGUGCAUAAAGAAGAGGAAAUCGAGGAAAGUCGCGUGGCUCGAAGAAGCUAAGAAGCUCGACGCAAAGGCGAUAAGGGCAUCACAGAAGAUGAAGAAACAACAGAUGGCAGAGAACGUCAACACCUUGAAGAAAAUCACUCUCGAUCAUCAAUUGGAAGAUUUGCUUCAACCCGUACGUGCCACGGAGAAUGCCCGUUCAAAGAGCGAUCGGAGCGCAUCCGCAGCGCGGGACACCAAGUUGGAUAACGACAAAGUUAAAUCCAGGCAAAAUUCUGAGGCGGAACGCAGGAACGCAGUCAAUGGUAACACGGUGUUCGCGAAACAACCGGCGGAUGCAAACAGCAGUGACAAGAGGAUCGUUCAAGUACCGUGCGCAGUCUCUUCCGUAAUUGUUGAUCGACCGCAGUCUAAUAAGUCGAAAGCCGCUGCGAGCUCGUUGUUGGAUGUCCCAAAAGACGCUAAUAACGCGAGCAAACGUCACGAUGCUGCGUCAGCGGCGAGCAACACCGAGAAAACGAUUAAUAGACAUAACGCGCGAACUGUGAUCAAACGACUGAUAGAGAAGGACACUCCGCACUCUGAAAGCGAAGCGUGUAAGAGAGCUGAAAGUUUAAGGAAAAUCUGUGAUUUAGGAACAGAGCACUCUAAAACUGUAAAUACUCCUGCUGCGAUACGUGCCCUAGGUGAUUCCAAAGACGGAGAUGAUAGUUGUAAUCGUAAUGCUAACUAUCUUAGUACAACUAAAGAUAAAUUGUCUCCACACGUAGUUUCGUCUCUGGUACAUGUACAUCACGGAAGUGACGACGAGCAACGCGAGACGGUCAACGGGACGAUAGGAAAUAUCCAUGACAAUGACAAGUGCACGCAGGAAGACACUCAACGUAAAACAAUCAACAACGGAGCGCCAUUUUCGGAAUCCACCAGAACCGAUGGUGAUUUGAGCAAAGGGGACUUUGCGGUAUCCACAACUACGGCUGAAACUCGCACCACAGCGGCCGCAAGUAACGCGGUACUAAUAAAUGAUGCAACAGGACCCGAACAGCUGCGACGAUCGUACAUUACCACUGAACAUACAAAACAACCAAAGGAGUCCGAAUCUCAGGAUGAAUAUGUAUCAGCGAGGCACGAUAUUGCAAAUAAUACUGUAAGUCUUAGUAUAAUGAGCGGAGACCAUUCUAAUGUACAAACAGAUUUAGAAGUCGGCACUUGCAUUGAGAUAGGCGACAAUGUAAGGGAUAGCGAAAUCUCUAACUGUAAAAUCAGAGAGACUAUUUUUGAGAAUCACACGGACCGCGCCGAUAAAACGAGUAUUUCUAGUGUCCUCGACAUAUUGUGUUCAAAGGAGGAGGGAGUCAGUAGCGAUAAAGAUAUCAACUCGGCGAGAACGGCUCGCAAAAAGGACGCGCAACAUCCCGACGGAUUCAAUGCGGAAGAGGAAUGCAACGUGCGAGAAGAAUUAGCAAGAUCGUCCGUGCUGCGCGCACAAGUCGAGAAGAAUCUUCGUGAUCUCGAUCACGAGCAGGGGCAACACGAAAACUUUAAACCUUCAAAAGAAUCGCAAACGUGUAAAAUAUCGCACGCGAAGGAUCUUGAGGAUCUGUCGGGCGACAAGUGUAUCAUUCAGAAUUCGGAUUUACAGGACAACAUAGACGGACUGGCGUUGUUGGCCGAUGUAAGCCAGCGGUACAGCCACCACGUGCCACCUGUGAAGCCGAAUGAGCUAAAGUGCGAACAGAUAAAAGUAAAGGACUACGCGUCGUUAAGAAACUCUCCGUGCAAUCAAACCACCGACGACGACGAGGCCGAUACCAACGACUCGUCGAAUACGGCCUCUCAAUUUCUGGAGAAUCCAACGACGGAAGUUAUCAAUAGAAUAGUCGGAAUUUAUCCCGAGGACGCGUUGGACAAGGUAGCGCUUCACGUCGAGGUGACGUCGACGACCGACGUGACCCCCGACAGCCGCGAAAACAAUCCGAGCAAUAACGUUCCGCAUAUUGUCGAGACGAUAAACUACGAGGCGGACGCGUUGUCCAGCAACUUGAGCAUGGUGGAGAACAACGUGCAGUCAAUAAAGGAAAACACGAACGUGAUAUUGAACGGGGAGACGGUGGUGCUCUUGCAAAAGGCUCCGAAUUUGUACAUUAUCAAUAAAGCGGUGGAGAACGCACGAGAUCACAACAGCGACGACGAGAGCUGCUCGGUCAAGGAGAAGAACUGGAUACCGCCGGAGGAUUGCGCCUCGUUCGAGGUCGUUAACAUGUCGGAGCACAUUUCGUUUAAUCUGGACGUGCCGCAGUACAGCAAGGAAUUAUCGUGCCAAGAGAAUAAGUUCUCCGUCGGGAGGAGCAAGGGCAUAAAGGUCGAGCCCGAGGAGGAGGGCGGCUUAAUGAACGUCGCGGAAAUGAAGUCUUACGGUAAGAAGGGCUCGUUGUCGGUCGACGCGUUACCCGCGGCGUCGCAGAUCUAUCAGGACACGAGUGUCGCGAACGUGAAUACCAGCAAGUCGACCGACAAACGGAAAUCCAUCCUCACUUACAGGCAGAACAUUAAGCAGGAGUUCAACAAUCACAUCACGCAGAACUGCGCGAACUGUGUGCAGGGAUCCAACGGGAUACACUCGCGCGACGUAAUCGAUCCGCAGCACUCGUUACACAUUCCCGUCACCCAUCCUACGACGAUAUCCUCGAUUUAUGGGAAUUGCGCCGCCAGCACCGAUCUGUACAUGCCGUAUCGCAAGCACUGCGCCGUGUCGUGCAGUUUUGAGAUCAAUUCCACCACCUCGCUCCACUCUCACACGAAAUCUGCCAACUCGUACGGGAGCUCGCACUGUUCCUGCGUAAAUUGCACGUACAUGUUCGCGCAUUAUAGACAGUGCAUGCACCCCACCACGGACUCCCACUCCUGUAUCGAAAGUAACUCUUACUUUUUGCCCGCGCACACAUCAGUACAAACAUCUACCGUCCAAGAGCACGAUAGGGCAAAAAGUGAGGCGGCGAUCAAUAAGUUGUACGACGAUCAGUUAUUGUCGAAGAUAGAGCAGCAAAUUCUACAAAAUAAUACGUUAGACGAGCAAUGCGAGCAGAAUAAAUUUUUCAAGAAGGACAUAGACAACAAAUUGCCGCUGAAGAAGAGAUUGAAGAUGAGAUUGAAGAAAGAGAAACUCGACAGCUACCCCAGCGUUCCCAUGAUGUCCAUAGCGGACAUAGAGAUGUUGGAUGGUACGCAGAAGCAUCCCUCGCAGGUCAUCAAAUCCUCAUACGAAUUGUCCCCUAACGAGGGCAACAGUCCGCACGACAAUUAUUUUAGCUCGAACAUAGCAGUUCGGCAGAAUCGCAAGGACUACUAUAAAGACAUGCGCAUUCCCAAUUUACAUCAAAAUCUUCCUAAGGAAAGUGCGAGGAAUAAUGAACGCCAAUUUCGACCGAGCAAUGAUCAACCCGCGGUGUGCCUAGAUACUUGCCAAAAUAGAGUAUUCAAGACACCUGCGCAGCGCAGAGACGUUACCAUUACGAGUCCGACGUCCGUGAAACGCAUUACGCCGGAGCCGAUGGAGCAGGAUAGCGUGUGUAAAAAGGCGAAGAAAUCGCAGUCAUCCAGACAAACGAGAAGCUCAAAAAGAAACGUUCCUAAGGUAAAUUAUUGUUACACCGAUGUUGAUCCAGAGUGGAAUCCGUCCGGUGAGUCAAAACGAAGACGUAAAAAGACUAGUCGAUGAUCAAUACUAUUUCAUUACGAGAAGUCACUGCUGUAAAAAAACAAAAACAAAACGGAGAGAAUGAUGACAGCCUGUACAGAGAGAGAAAAAGAGAGGACGAAUGUGUUCUUCAAGCUGUGGCACUGUAAAUCUUUGUAAAUACAUGUACAGAAGCAGAAGAGAGCGAGAGAUAACUUGUCCUAGGAAGAGCUAGGAAUAGACCGUUCAGCGUGUUCAAGAUUUAGCGUCGGCGAAGAGUUAGAUUAGCUACAUAGAAGACAUCCGCAUAAAAUAUUUUUGAUGUUUCGUUAGAGAAUCGCUAGAGAAGAAAGUUGUAGAAAAUUUUAUUCCGUUAAAGUGUCGUCUCUACCUUGCAACAUUGUGUACUGCGGUGAAAUGAAUCUGACCGGCUAAUGAUCGGCUUAUUGAUGUCAGUUACCAAUCAACAUUCCAAGUACAGAUCGCCGAUGUUUUUUUAACACACCGAUAUGUAGCAUUUCGGCGACAUCGAUGAUCUAUAUUUACUAUGUUGCGCUCGCUAACUAACAUAUCGAUACCAAUAAACCGUUGUCCCACGAUUUAUUUCACCGCCAAUGUACAACAUGCAUUACAAGGCUUUGUAAGAUAAUAUUUGAAAUUUCAUUUCUUUUCUUUGUCCUCUAUCGUCGUUGCCAGCGGCCGCGCUGUCGCGAAUUGUAUAAUUUUCCUAAACGUAAAGUUUCUUUUGAAUUCUUAUAAAGUAAAAGAUUCAAGUUUGUGUACAGUUUUCCGUAUAUAAAUAUGUAUAUACAAGUAUGUAUAUAUACGUAAUCAAUAUGCCAAACAGAAACCUAUGGGAAACGAAAAACGUAUUUUGAAGUAAUAUCAUUUUUGAGUUUCCUGGGGAUGACAAAUGGAGAUUCAGGAACGUAAUACGACCAGGUUGACGAUUGAAAGUUAAGAGCGCAUAAAAUCCACGAUCCAAAUUUAAUCCUCACGAACAGGAUUCGCAACGUGCCAGGAGCAAGUUUGCAUAGGUAAUCUCCCGCAAACAAUCAUGUAUGAACGCAUAUACAUAGGACACGUAUAAAUAUAUCUGACAAUAAUACAUAGAUAUUAGAUUUCACGUAUAGUUAUAUAUUACUUACUUGUAACGAUAGUUUUUUUUCCGCGAUUUUCGUAUUAAUUUCCUAGAGAUUUACGCACACUUUUAUAGAAUAUAUGUUUCGUAUUUUGCAUUUCAGAUUAAUUACCCGCUUAUACUUGAGUAACUUCGGGCAGGUGUUUAAAUGCAAGCACGCAAUGCCAAUAAAUUCGCCAAAAUGGUGCAAAAUUUGUAUUACCGUGACAAUUAUAAAGGAAAAACCUGGAGAUAUUUCAUUUCUUCCACUUUGUAAUCCGUUAUCUUGUGUACAGAGAUGCAGCUCUAUAUUAUAUCGAAAAGACAAAACUGCUAUUUAAUAUAAAUUUACAUACAUACAGGUACCUAUAAAAAAAAAACAAAAAAAAAA